AGUAAAAACUAAUAUAAAAUUUUAGGAGCCUUCUCAUUCCGAAAACAUUCACUUUUUUCUACUACAUUAACACUUUUGUGUAGAUAUUAUUAUUCGUGUUACAUAGCAGAAAUGGUUCUUACACAAUCAAAAGAAACCUAGUCACUAAUGUCGAACCACGCGCCACAGCCUCCAAGACCUCUGAUGAAGCAAUACUCGUGGUCACCGGACAUGAGUCGCGAAGAGGCUUGGCUGCGUAAGAAAAAGAAACGCCCACUGGAUCUCCUUCCUCGCAGCAAGAGUGUCACGAAUGAUGAUAUCGAGGAGCUUAAAGGCUGUUUCGAGCUUGGUUUUGGGUUUGAAACAGAAUCUCCUGAUUUGAAUCCAAGGCUCUCCCAUACAAUCCCCGCUCUUGAUCUGUACUGCGCGGUUCAUAGACAAUACAGCAACCAUUUGUCUCGGACGUCUUCAUUCGCGUCGGAUCAUGAAGUCAGCAACUCCAACAACAUCACGACCAUCGUCGACAAAGGUGAUGAUCGGAAGACGAUGAAGCAGAAGCUGAAACAAUGGGCUAAGGUGGUAGGGUUUUCGGUGCGGCACUCUUCCGGAAAACCCAAAUUGAUGUCAGAAGAAUGACAGUUUUGUAAUAUAAAGUUAACAAACACUAAAAUGUUUAGUAUUUGAAUGUUAGUGGAUAAGACACCGUCUUAUUAAAGUUUAUGAAAACCAAUUAAAAGAAAAUUUAUCGAUUCUUAUUUUGUUAGGAGUAUUUGUUUUUGUAGUCCAUUUUGUUCUAGUAGUAUUUGAAUCACUCCAACGAGAGCAGGUUUUGAGACAUAAGACCAUCUCUAUGGUCAAUCUUUG